CUUCCUCUCUCACACACCCACACACCCACACACACAACAUGGACGCUAUCGGACCGCUCGAGACGCCGCUGCGCCUGGUCAAGGGCGACCAGAUCUCGGAUGCGCCGGUGACGCUGCGCAUUCCCAGCCGCAACAUCGGCAUCCGGGGCCACGACUACGACAUUAUCAACGAGGACACGGGCAAGGUCAUGUACAAGGUCAAGGGGUCGCCGAUUAGUUUCCACAGCACGCAGGUCUUCUGCACCGCGGACGGCAAGGACCGCCUCUUUGAAAUCAAGUACUACAACGGCGCCAAGCCGCACUUUGAAGGCGCGCGCAGCGACCUCUUCGACAUCUCGAGCGACUGGAGCACGUCGCUGCUCGCCAUCUUCGCGGCGUACGAGAAGGAGCGCGACGGCGUCGUGACGCGCCAGACCCAGAUCUACCUCCCGUCGCGGGACACGGUGCGGCCCGGCGCCGUCGUCGGCCCGCGCCUCAUCCUGCGCGGCGACCUCGACACCGAGGCCCAAGUCGUGCUCCGCUCCACGGGCCAGGUGCUCGCCGUCAUCCGCGCCGACGACCGCGGCCGCGCAAAGGACACGGACACGCCGUCGUUCCUCGUCACCGUCGCCCCCGGCAUGGAUAUCGCCGCCAUGGCCGGCAUCGCCGCCAGCUACAACCAGCUGCAUAAUCGCGCGACCGCGGGCAGCGCCGCCCAGUCCCGCGCAAACUCGCGCGCUCCGUCCCGCUCCCAGUCGCGCAACCCGCUCUCGCGCACCAACUCGCGCUCCGCGUCGCGCCGCGGAAGCCGCGCGCCGUCGCCCGUCUACGGCGGCCACGAGCACGCGACUUAG